AUGAUGACGUGCCGUCUGCUGUGCGCCCUGUUGGUGCUCGCCCUGUGCUGCUGCCCGUCCGUGUGCGCGACAGGGAGUGAAGAUACCGAUAAAGUUACUACCGAUACCAAUAUACCGGCCGUUCCACCUGGUUUGCCACUUGAAGAGGUGGGUCAUCCAGGGUUGUUAAGUGAGCGGUCCGAUACAGAGGAUGGAAUAGCUGGCGGAGAGGGGCCAGAUUCGACAGCUUCAGGACCGAAACUAAGUAACGGGAUCGAUAAGGUACACGGGAAAGGUACGGACAGUACGCCAGGACCAGAAAGUAGCACGCGUCCACUUUCCUCCGUACCGUUGGCGAAUCCGGCUGACGCUUCUGCUGAGACCACCACGACUAAUACGACCAUAACAAAAACACCGACUACGACAACGACGACCACCACAACAAAGGCACCAACAAUGACCACCACUACAACACAUGCACCAAGUACUACGACUACAGAGGCGCCAACUACGACUACCACCCACGCACCGUCACGUCUUCGUGAAAUCGACGGCAGCCUCAGCAGCUCUGCGUGGGUGUGUGCCCCGCUGGUGCUCGCCGCAUCCGCGCUGGCGUACACCACUCUGGGCUGA